AUGGGCUGCAACAUUUAAAAACACCAAUACACGAAGAAUGACAUCAUUAUUUCAUCCCCUCCUCUUACUUAUCCAUCUUCUCAUGAAAUAAUUAUGAUGCCUUAUGCUCUUGAUGAGUAGCAUCCAGCUUCAAGAAUACCAGUUCAAAUCCAAUGGAAUACUAAGGAUCAAAAAACAAAAGAAUAGUUAUCUGAAAUUACUAUAUCGCUAUCACCUAAUAUCAUCUCAAAACCAAUAUAAAACUGA